AAGAAAUCGUAGCUUUGUGUAUUGUGUGUUGUCAAAGUCCACUUCCUACUUACAGGUUUUAGUGUAUUUUACUGAAGUAGACCAAGUCCUGAUAUUAGAUUCUAAACUAAAUAAAUUCUUUGUAAUUAUUUAAUGGACACGAGCGAGAAAACUCUCAAAGGUAUUUGAGAGGUGUAUAAAUUAGUUUAAAAAUCAGGCACGGCGUAGUUACAAUUAAUAUGGUUAUAAAAUCCUGUCUGUCUGGUUUUUUUCGGACUUUACUAAAGAUUGGAUGUAUUUGAUGUUUAUAAUAUUUUCGGUAACUAAAUAAAAAUUAAAAAAAAAGCAAAAACAAUUUGGUUUUCACGUGUAAUGGCGACAUAAACAAUGGCAUCCUGCUAUUGGAUAGGCCGCCAUUGAUUUUAUUGUACACAUUGUAAGCUAAAAAUAGAAAACUAGGUCAUGGGGUUUUUAAUUUGCAUUGUUAUUUAAAAACUUGAUCUGCAAAGUUUUGUAAACAAAUAGUUAUCGAUCACUAAGUUACUGUACAGCCAAUCAAUAUUUGUCUUACGAAAGUGAAACAUCCGGUUAUAACUUAGGCUUGAUGAAAAUAAAUAGAAAUGUAGCCUUAAACUCAACAAAUUAUUUUCAAGUUCUCUGGAUUUGCAACUUUUAUAGCAUUGAUUCUAAAAAUAUAAAAUUUCUGUGGACGAGGGAACAAAAGAAGGAUUUGUGCGGCUUAAGAUAAAGAUGAAUGGAUUAAAAAUAAAAAGCUCUGGAUUUAAAAUUAUGAAAUUUCCUGGCAACCGACACCCCCUUCCUGAGGCUAAAAAUGCCACAAUAGAGCCACCUGAAUUUAGCACAAGAGGGAUUGUGUUUGAAGUCAAGGGUGGAAUAGAUACUGACAUGAAAAGUGCCCACUACAGACUGGUGAUCAAACUUCUUCCUUAUGACAUCAUCCCUAGUGAAUCUUAUAUUAAAGGUGAAGAUGGUUGGAUUUAUAUGUUUCUCAAGAAAAAAGAUCAUUAUCAAUCUUGGGAGAAAUAUAUCAGAGAAGGGAGCCUAGAGACUGCAUGAAACUUCUAGGUCACUACCACGAGAUAAUAGAGGCUGCAUUUAGG